AUGCUGGUGGACGAUUGCGGCAGCGCGAUGGGGUGGACUUCGGCCAGCGUGCGCGGGGGUUGGUCCACCCCGGGCGGCUGCAGAAAUUCCGCGAUGAGCUUCGGUGGCAGCGUGCCCUCCCUCCACCCAGCUGGCUCGAUAAGAUCGCUACGCUCGCAGCAUUCUAUGCAGGGUGUGCCGGAGACACCGCGAAGAUGCAUGCACUGCCACCCGGUACACGUGCCGAGCACACCGAGCAAUUACGUGCACCAUCCGAUGCAGUAUUACACGCCGAGUCAUUGUCCAGAGCCAAGGAACGGAGUCUACACUCCUUAUCGGGGCAAUUCUUAUCAUGGUGAUACUCGAAUGCGUUACAUGGACAUGGAGGGCAGUGUCCACGAUGGCAUGAUCGGGAAUAACAAUUGGGUGCUCGGUGAUCUGAGGAGCCUUCAUCGUUGCGUACCAGCCUUUCGUCGUCCAGGCAUAGACGUCGCCGGCAUGCGAACACAUUUCUAUCCAGAGGGUGGCUGGGGUUGGCUGGUUUGCGCAGCCGGCUUCCUCGCCCUGUUGCUCACUACUGGAAUGCAGCUCGCUUUCGGGCUUCUUCACGUUCACGCGGAGCGACGGUUCGGCGAGGAACACAUCAUGGAUCUGGUGUGGGUGGGCGCCUUGAGCACUGCGGUUUCCCGUGGAUCGGCACCAUUGGUCGUGGGCGCGUGUCGCCGGGGAAGUACAAGGCUUACGGCUGUGAUCGGCGGUCUCGUGCUGGCAUUGGCGUCUCUCUUCACCUCGUUCGCCGCGGAGCUGCACCAGGUUCUCCUUAGCUACGGCGUGGUGCUGGGCACCGGAGCUGGCCUCGUGAGAGAAACUGCCGGCCUGGUGCUGGGCCAUUACUUCAGAAAACGGCGAGAGUUCGUCGAGAUGGUCGUGCAAGCCGGCGCUGGGGUGGGCAUAGUGCUCUUCAGCGUCUUCUACAGCGAGGCUGUCGGAAAGCUGGGCUGGGAGCAUGGGAUGCAGUCUGUAACCGGAGCGCUCUCGUUGGCCUUCUUCCUCGGCUUGAUUUACAGGAGCGCCUCCCUCUAUCAUCCGCAACGACGUGCCAUGUUACACGUGAAGAAUCAACGGGGCGGCAAGCUGAAAGAGAAGAAGACAGUGAGCAAGCCUCCCAGGCAGCCAUGGGUAGAUCUCAGCCCUCUGGGAAGUCGUCCCGUACAGAUGUUGAUGCUGGCAGCCGGGGCAGCUGGUUUUGGCCUUUAUACGCCCGCCUUUUACAUCGCUGUGCAGGGCCACAAAGACGGUUUAGAGGCGAGCGCGUUGGUACUUCUGCAGACCUGUUUGGGCUUGGCAACGGCACUCGGAUGCGCGGCUUGGGGAGUCGUUACCGCCAGACCAUCUGCUCAGUGCCUGGUGUCCAGGCAAUAUCUCUGCCAGGCGGCUCUCCUUGGAGUUGCCAUAGCUCAGGUGGCGUUGGGCAGCGUGCAGGACUACCACGGUCUGGUGCUCGUUUCCGGUUUGUACGGCGCGUCCCUCGGCGGCGCCCUUUACUCCCUGAAGAUGCUGGCCCUCGAAAGACUGAGGGCGAGACACUUCGCACGCUCCUGGGCGCUCGUGCAGGCCGCGGAAGCUGUACCUAUUCUUCUCGGGGUUCCUCUUACUGGUUACAUGAACGGGAACAGCUCGAGGGUGGGUUACUACGCGUGCACAUUAAGUUCCUUGUGUGGUGCAGCGUUGUUGUUCCUGGUGGGCUGGGGUCGCCAGCCAGCGUCUCCUCUUCUGCCUGGCUCGCACCUCUCGAACGUAACGAUUCCUCCGCCGUGCGCCUGUCCACCUCCGCCCAGGCCCAGGCUGCCCAAGUCCCAAUCUUUGCACGUGCCACUGGACGAAGAGACCAUAAGGUCUCGGGAGGCCGAGAGGAUGCACACUACCGAACACUAUUAUCAACCGCAGUUCUACGGCCCGCUGAGACCCAGCAAGAGCGUUCCCGAGGGUCUGAGCCAUCAGGACUCGUACAGAAGUCGGCCGAGACGACACAGGGACGUGACGGUGAUCGAGCAGAUCACCACUAGCGUCUAA